AUGUCCCAGAGGAAGCGCAGCAAAGGGGCGAGCUUCUUCCAGGGGGAUGAUGGGGAUGAGGAUUUUAACCUGAGCCAGAUGCCAACGCACAGCCAGGUGCAGAGGAACCUGGAGAGGCGCUCAGCCGAUCAAGUGAAUCAAAAGGUGAGCGAACUCGUUCAGUUUCUCCUUGUAAAAGACCAGAAAAAGAUCCCCAUCAAGAGGGCGGAUAUGCUGAAAAAAGUCAUCCGGGAAUAUAAAGAUGUUUACUCAGAGAUUGUCAGCCGGGCGGGCAGGACCUUGCAGCAGGUUUUCGGGCUGCAGCUUGUGGAGAUCGACACCAAGCACCACAUCUACAUCCUGACCAGCAACCUGCCCCGUGUCGAGGGGGAGAACCUACGCAG